CGACACGGUGCCGCGGCGUACAGGCUGCCGAAUGUCAAAGCUGAACUCAUUGCUGUACUGAGAACAUCACAAGCCAAUCGCUGCUGUGGGAGGUGCAACGGUUCUUAAAAACAGAGCUCGUUAGAUAAAUACAAAGCAUUUCCGCCUGACUCCGGAUCACCGAGCACAUACCUGAGCUUGACGCUGGAAGGGGGCUGGUUGACAUUAAAAUGAGGAAGGUUCUUCAGUUCUUCGUCUUCCUCAUAAUUGUCUUCAAGACCAAUGGGGCUGAUAAAGUGAUUUAUGUUCAAGUUGGAGACAAUGUUGAACUUCAAUUAUCAGACCGUUGUGACAAUUAUUACGUCAGCUGGUUCUUUGGAAGAGAAGACGGACUUGAUCUUGCCGACAUGAACUAUUUAGGCAGAAAGCAUGUUAAACAUGAUGACGUCUGGAAAGACAAGUUGUCUUUAUCUGACCAGUCAUCGCUGAUCAUCAAAAACAUCGAGGAGAAUAACUUUGGGACUUUUGUCUGUAGAGUGUCAGAUAGUAAGAAAGUCUGCUUAAAACCAACAUUUCAUCUGUUUAAAGUCAGUGUGAGUAUGGAGGAAACCUCACCGGUGAUCCCUGGAGAUUCUCUGACUCUGAGCUGCAAUGUUGAGACUCAACGCAAACCCUCAGUUUUCUGGAUGAACCCAAUGGGCCAGAGUGAUUAUACUGACCGUAGAGUUCAAAAGAGAGCAGGAACCCGAGACAACGGAGAGUGGGCAUGUGUUGUGGAGGAUAAUGGAAAAAAAUCCAGGUUCAAAUUGCCUGUUUCAGUUGUAGGUGAGUUGUUGGAUUUUGUGUCUUCCCCCCUUUUCUCAAUUUUAGAUUUCUCUUCUACAUCCGAACAUCUUUUUACAUCUACAAACUUCCCCCUCACCGUGCCUUUUCUGAUUACUCCCAACGCGUUUGUGCAACAAAUACCGACCAAAAUCAAGAGAGUCCAGUGGUUCUUCAUCCCUCAAACAUCUUCUGAUCGGCAGUCUAUCUUCUCCAUUUCACCAAAGAAUGAACCACAAGAGGAGAACUCCAGAGGCCUGAAUUAUGAAAACUUCACAAAGGGUGGAAAUUUUUCUUUGUACAGAAAGCCUUCAAGCGUAGAUGACAGAGGGAACUACACUUGCUCCAUAACAUUUACAAAUGGCUUCACCAUCAGCCGGACCGUGCUAGUAGAGGUGCUGCAAAUCAUCCCCUCCCCGGGAACAGACUUAAUUUCAGGCCAAUCCUUGAACCUCUCCUGUUCCACUGGUGGUCCUCUGGAUCCUGACGUUCAGGUGAAUUGGUUCCCCCCGAAGACGUCAUCCCUAGCGAAGGACGAGCUUCGGUCCAGCCAUCUCAUGAUACCGAGAGUGGGAACGGAGGACUCUGGAAGCUGGAGGUGUGAGCUGAGGCGGAGCGGGGCGACGCUGACGUCAGCCGUGAUAACACUGAAGAUCGAACCCAUUCUGACUGUGUGGAUGAUGGUGACCAUAUGCGCCGCUGCAGUCAUCCUGAUCCUCCUCCUUGCGCUCGCCUUCACCCUCUUCCGGCGCAGACAGAGGAAGAUGAGACAUUUAAGGCACCGACUCUGCAAGUGCGAAACCCCAAAGCCAAAGGGUUUCUACAAGGCCUAAUAGUCGGGAAAUUCACAACAGGACACCAGAGCAUCAUGCAAACAGAUACAUUUUUGUCCCAAAUGGAACCUCAUAUCUUCUGAACUGUGGAAGCUUUCUCUUACACCUUGGAUAAGUUUUGAAGAGACGUCAACUUUCAGACAUUGCCAAAACGAAAGAUGAGAGAAAGUCAAUGUUAAAGUUGUAAAUAUCAACCAGUUUACUUGCCAUUUUGGAUUGUUUCUUACGGGUAAUUGUAAUUUCACCUUUUGAGAACAAAACUGUUGAAAAAUGUUGUUCCAACUUUUCCAACCAGUGAUUUUAAGACUCCAGUAACUAUAUCAGCUGGAGGUCACUGACUGUCGUUUUGGCUUGAACUUGAAUAUUAUGUAAUCUUGCAUGUAAAGUUUAAAGGUUUACUCCAACAGGGAUGGGAACAACAGUCACUAGAAAAACAGCCUGAGUUUAAAUCUUCAGAAAGUAAAACACAGAAUCAUUUUAUUCUGUACAUUUUUUUUAACCAAACUGAAGAAUAUUUAGCUCCAUGGUUUAUGGAAAUAAAUAAAUAAAUACCUGGAGAUUUAAUUUUAUAUGCACAUAGAGGUGGUAUAAAAUGGAAGGAGGAACAGGUUUUACCACCCUUUUAAAGAGAGUGAAAAAAAUUUAAAAUAUAAAAACAGAAUAAAUUGUUCUGAAAAAUGGUUCAAACUCUGCUUUUUAGCAGAAAUAGCAUAGUCACAAUAUAUAAAAAUAGAAUAAUAUCAUAAGAAACUAUCAUGGAUGCUUGCUUUUAAUGAUGCUCAAAGAACUCAACAUCUUGACUUGUCACACCCAUCAAGUUUAAGAGUUCAGACUACAAAAAAAAAAAAAAAA